AGGAGGCGCAUAUGGCAGGCAGUACCAUGGCGUCGCCCUUCUAUCUGGGGGCUGAGGAGGAUUCGUUGACCCUGCAGGACCUCUUGGACUGGAGCCGGCGACGGAUGAGCGAAGGCGAGGCGAGCUUCGCGUCGACGGAGUUCCAGCGGGAAGCGUCGCCCAAGUCCUGGGAGGACGAGGUCUUCUACAGCAUCCUGGUGGAUCGCUUCGCCAAUGGCGACAUCACCAACGACAACAGCAACAUCCCAGACUUCCAGCGGGAGCAGUUGAAGUCCAAGAAACCGUGGUCCGUCCAGCGCUGGCGCCAUGGCGGAGAUUUGCACGGCGUGAAGUCACGCCUCAGUUACCUGAGGGAUUUGGGCGUCACCGUCCUGGCCUUGUCGCCCAUCUUUCUGAACAGUGCUGGAGAGUAUCACGGCUCCUGCACAACGGACCUGACCAGCAUCGACUCGAACUUCGGCAACAAGGAGUUGUUGAGGGAAUUGGUGCACGAUGCGCACACCUUGGGUCUGAAGGUGGUCCUGGACGUGCAAGUGAACCACGCCUGCGGUGGCGGCUUGAAAUAUCUGGGCGCCAACAGCGGCGUGGACGGUGUCAGCAACUGCGUCCUGUCGACGGGUGAGACCUACUGGGACUCGGAACGCGGGACACCUCUCAACGAGUUCGGACGCGGGCGCCUCGGCUUCGGUGACUCGCUGCCGUCCUUCCUGCGGCACCAGUCCUUCUUCACCCGCUGCGGCCCGGCCAAGCUCUACAGGCCCGGCGGCCGCGACUUCCGCUCGCUGCCGGCCGAGAACGCCACGGCCAUCGCAGCGGGGUUGUCGGGGACGCCCAGCGAGGUGGAUGAAUGGCUCUUCCCGGAGAUCUUCCAGGAGACAUGGCUUGGAGUUUUCCAAAAGCUGGGUCGUAAGGACACGGCCUUUGAGCUGAACACCAUGAACCCCGUGCUGCAAGAGCUGUACACCAACAUGCUGAAGUACUGGAUCGCCGAGGUGGACCUGGAUGGUUACCGCCUCACGGCGGCCUCGCACGUCACGGCGGACUUCACGGCGUACCUCUCGACACACCUGCGCUUCUAUGCCUCCGCGUUGGGCAAGGAGAACUUCUUCAUCGUGGGAGAGGUGAAUCAGGCCACCACGCCCUUCGGCGAGAGCUACCUGGGUCGCGUGCAGGGCCGUGAGGGGCCGCGGACGCUGCCGAAGAAAGUGCAGGGUGUUUUGGAAGAGCUGUGCCAGUAUUACAGUGCGCUGCCUGACCAAGAACCCGGGCUCCUUUCGAGCUAUCCGCUGCAGGAGGUCUUCCACCUCCGUGACAGCGUGCUGGGUGCCAGCGACGCCAUGGGUCUCUACGAACAGGAAGGCGCCGUUGCGGCCAUCGCGCGCUCGCGCACCGCCUUGGCCACGGGGAAGAUGCGGCUGGCGCUGGCGGGGGCGGAGUCCCGUGACGUCAGGAAGCUGCUGAGCUCGCCGCGGCAGGGCCACGAGUUGUGGCGCCUCAUCAUCGCUAUGGCCUGGAGCUUCACAUGGUAUGGCAUACCCGAUCUGACCAGCGGCAUGGAACAGGGCCUGAAUGGCUUGUGCUAUCGCAACGAUGAGGAGCGCCAGAAGUUGCACGACGACAUGGUGGCGCAGGGGAUUGAAGGCGAUGUGGUGCACAGCAUCUUGGCGAAUUGCGACUAUGAGGCCUUGGGCGAUCAGACGGACAGCGGCUUUUGGCACCAGGACGAACUGAAAUCAGAUCAUGACUCCUUCCUGGGCGGCCCCAUGCGCCUGGGCGCAGCCGUGGGGGCGGUGAAUCGCGAGGUGGGCAUCAUGAACCACCUGAUGGGUGCGGGUGGGCCGCACUGGUGCGAAGAUCCGGUGGUGGAUCGUGAGAACCAGGCCUUCAACACAGCCAGAGCAUUGAUCCGCAUCCGCCGCUCCUGCUACCCUCUGCGCACCGAGCUGGACGUAGCGGCCGGCGACGGCGCGCAGUUGGCGUAUUGGAAGAUGCACGACGGACGCGAGGACAUGCUCAUCGAGGAGCAGCCUUUGGGGAUGCUGGUGGUCCUCAGCAUCUCGCCGGAGCCCAGCAUCGAAGCACGCAAAUAUCGCUUGCCCAGCUCCUUGCGCUACACCGAAGGGCAGGCCUUCAUCGAUCUGCUGCACCCCCAGAGGUUGGCCAUGGUCUUCACCUCCUCCAAUGGAACCUUCCUAUUGGUCCCGGCAGAACUGGACCCUUCGCACGUGUCCAUCUUCGCACCAGUGGAGACGGCGGUGAAGGAUCUGGAGGGUAGCGACUGGAUGGUGUGCCGUGGUGUGUCACUGCCGCCAUUGCGCGAUACCUGUAAAGAAACCGCGCGCUCCGAUGCUCGGCUGAGUGCGGCACAUAUUUUGACGGGGAAGGUCAGCCAUCAACUCAGAGCUGGUCAGAAAAAGGUCUCCGAACCAGCAUUUUCUUAUGAAUUGUUGCAGAAUUGCUGUACUUUUUGA